AUGACGAGAUCAGGCAGCGAAGAUGGAUCGAGCUUUACUUCCCGAUCAAGUAUCGGGGAUGAGCUAAAGCCGAUGCCCAUGGAGACAUAUUCUCCAACUUCACCUCUACGAGCCUAUGCGCCACGCAACCUUAACCUCAGUCUCAACCUCAACAAGAAGUGGAUGAUCCUCAUCUUCUCCGCUAUCGGUUUCGUCUUCUGCAUGAGAUUUGCGUCUAUUUACGGCCGUGACUAUGACGAGGUGAAGGAGGAAGAGAUCGUUGCGACACCAGAGUGGGCCGAUGUUCGCAACCUUUCCACAUACACGGAAGAAAAGACUUGUGGGAAGCGCGAUCAGGUUGCCAAUAUGACUAUCUGGAACGACGUGGUUAAUAAGACCAGCGACCUGGUAGAGGACAUGUUCACCAUUGCUAUCCAGACCUACAAGCGACCCAAACAACUAAAUAAGACCAUCGCGCAUCUCACCGCGCACAAAGUCCCAUCACUCUACGAAAUCGUCAUCGUAUGGAAUGAAGUAGACGUUGAACCACCAGCCGAUUACAUGACCGAGCACGGCGUCCUCGUCCGUUACCGUCGAUCCGAAAAGAACAGCCUGAACCAGAAGUUCCUCCCCGACCCCAGAUACCGAACCCAGGGCAUCCUCCUCUCGGACGACGACUGGAACUACAAGGCGCCAGAUGAUAUUGAGUACGUCUUCCAGCAGUGGCGACGCGCGGGCAUGAACCGUCUCACAGGAGCCUUUGCGCGCUGCUACGGCCGCAACAGUGUGACCGGCACCCCCACAUACCGUGUCCGCUGCGACCGCACUGCCUCUUACAGCAUGAUUCUCACGGGCAUGGCUUUUACGCACGUCUCGUUCCUGGAGUACUAUCACUCGGAGGAUGAGCUCAUGACGAGCGUGCGGGAGUUGGUGGACGAGGUGUUUAACUGCGAGGAUAUUGCGCUCAACUUCGUCCAGAGCAUGUUGACGUGUGAGGGACCCCUUCUGGUGUUUGGAAAAGGCAACAUGGACCGUCAGGCUGCGCGGACAGGCAUCAGCUCGAAGACUGGACACCUUAAGAAAAGGAAUAAGUGCAUGAGAAGGUUUGAGAAGAUGUUUGGCAUCGGCGCUUACCACCUGACAGAUACUGCACGAGACAUCGACUCGACCGGACCAAGUAUCCAGAAUAACCAUGGCGGCUGGGUGAACCCGGAAGAUCUUAUGCCUAUGCCGCAAUGUAUCGCUCAGCAAGAUCAGUCCGCUUGGUUAAGCGCCAUGACCAAAUGUACUCAGCACAAAUGUACUUCGCACUUCGGAAUCAUUUGCACGCAUUAUCAGUGGCUCACUGAACUAAGCUGCCUCAGUAUUGAGUUCUCACCAAAGACUAUCGAAAGAUAUGUGUCGUACUGCAGCAGAUCAGUGCUCGCCAAAGCGCAACUCCACCGCUGGAUACAGCAGGUGACCGGCCGGACGUGGCUUGUUCAUGUCGGUGAUACAAACGGGCUACGGAACCUCUGGCCGUCCAGCCUGGUUCUAGGCUAUGGAACUGCUCACAAUGUCGAUAAGGCGCCGGUGUGCCUGAAAAGUUCGCUUUCUUCUGGCUCCAAAGAAUCAUUCCAGCAUGUGGUGGGAUCGUGUGGUUUCACGAGCACAACGCUCCAUACCGGAAACGCAGGUCGUCCUUGGGAGUACAGUACGUCCAGGAAGUCUAUGGUAGCUCUCAGUUUUGAUACUGUUGGUUACGAUCUCACAAAGCGACACAUCCCGCCCGGGCAGUAUUUCGAUAAGAGCUGUUUAUGUGGCACUUUUGCUGUUGACCACCAACAUGGGCCAUGUGCUAUGUCGAACCAGCUUGAGUUGACGAAAGAAUUGCUCUGGCUCAGGGUGACUUGUGGAUUGGCAUAUCUACCUGCCGACUGGGCUCAAUCGCUCAAAGUUGUCGGCUCCUCAUAUAUCCCUGUCAGAGACUGGUAUCUACCAAUCCCUACAACAAACUUCCCGGAAGAGAUUGUGGACUUCACCCAACAAUGUACAACCGAUACUUGUAAGAUCGACUCGGAUGGCUAUUGCCAAGUUGUGCCUGCGAUAGACAGGAAUUGUUUCUGCCGCAAAGCCAAUUACGACGUUUGUCAAGGCCCUUGCCAAACACUGCCGAACAGGAAAUUGUACGUGGAGUGGCUGCAUGACCUUUGUGGUGAUACAAAAGACUGGCAUGGUCUUCCUGAUGAUUGGCCGGCGUUAUUCAUCCCUAAUUUCCACGAUAUGAUCCCAUGGGACUGGACUGUCAAACCUAGGUUUACAAGACAGCCAGGGAACUGUCCUUCCAACUUGCAGAAGCUUGGAAGCAUCGCUCUUGUCAACCUAGCUACCCUGGUGGCUGUACUUCUUGGUACCAAAACGAGCCACCGUGAACCUACCAGAGACCCUAUGCUAGAGUCGUCAUCGCCGCCGUGGAUGUUGGCAGGGUGCAUAAUUGCCAGUAUCCAAUUAUUGGGAAUCUUUGCUAGCGCCUCCGUCGUGCAGAACACCCCAGGAUAUGAACAAGUCCCAACCCUCCAACUAUUUCUACUCUGGUGUACCCUACCCCGGGUAAGCUGGCUCACAAUUUUCUCGUCCGGCGUGGUACCCCCUAGUGUGAAGCAUCUGGGUUCAGCAACAUCUGCACUAUUCGCGGAGGUUAUAAUUCAAGGAUUCGCGCUUUUUUAUAUGGUUAUGACUGUCAACUACGGCCGUGAGAAUAGUUUCUACCUGGGUGGUCUGGCGCUCGCGGAAGGUGAAUUUUUUGCUUACUUUAUGUAUUUUGGAGCGCUCUUCUGGCUGCUUGUUGUUGCUGCAAUGAGUAUUCCUUUGAUCCAGACAAUGCACAGGAUUUUUAAUCCUUAUCAGCAUCCAAGAGGCUUCGAUGGGUUGAAAUGCAACGCGGAUAAGAACGAUGAGUCUGGUAUUCGCGAGAGCUUGCUCGGGUCACCUGGGUUACCGGACAGGGCGGGCCAUGGUUGCAACUACGGUGCCAUACCUGUCGUGGAAGAAUGUAACCAGACGCAGCCAAGACCCCUGAUGCUUCUAUACGUCAUCAUGUCUACGGGUCUACCUCUUCUCUGGCUUGCUCAAUGGUUGUUUUGGAUUGGAUAUAUCUGCUUGAGUAUGGAAGAGUUCUGUCUUCCUUCUUUGGACACCCUCACGUUUGUCUGGAUUGCUACGUCCGUAGGGAGCGUUGUUGUCAAGUCGUAUCUCUAG